AUGCGUAAUUCGGAUUGGAAUAGUUGUAAUUCACAAACAUGUCGUCAUCAUUGUCACAGUCAAACAACAUCAUUAUCACCAUCAUCAAGUGGUCAUACAACAUCACUCAUACCAAUUAAAUGUCAAUAUAGAAAACCAGGUUGGACGUAUGGUGUUAAUCCAUGUGGUGCCGAAUGUUCCAGGAGUAAUGAAGAUGCUGGUACCAAUUUGCAUACAGCUACAAAAGAUAAAACAGCAUCACAUGCAACAUCUAAAAUACCAAUUAGUAUUCGGCACAAUGAUUUGGAUUAUACAACAGAAAGUUCAAGUAUUACAUCCAGUACGACAGUUAGUGACAAUUUACAUCGAAAACUAAUUGGCGUACCAUUUAUCACUACUACAAGUGAUUUGACAUCAGAUGGAUCCAGUGUUGCAGAUAUUAAGCCAUCAAUUGACGUUUCUACAAAUGCUCAGUACUUGUGCGCAAAUGAAAUACAAAAGAAUUCUGAGGAUUCUAUAAAUUCUGUAAGGCGGACGGCAUCAUUCACUUUUAGUCCCAAAGGAUGUUUAGAUAAAGUAAAUCAAAGACAACAAGUGCAUGACAUUGAACCAAAGAGGAGAUUUGGUAGAUUCGCGAAAACGUUGGAUUUCAUCAGGAGUAAGAUGGACUCUUGUAGUACAUCAACGCUCUAUCCAUCUAAGGAAGAGAUCAUGCAGUGGCGGGAAUCAUUCGAACGAGAAUUCAGCGAUGAAAAUGUUGAUUUUUGGAUUGAAUGUGAAGAAUUUCGAAAGAUGAAAGAAGGGAAAAAAUCAACAAUUCAAAAAGCUCAUUCAAUAUAUAAUAAAUAUAUUGCUGAACAAUCACCAAAAGAGGUUAACUUAGAUAGUGAUACACGUGCAGCAACAAAAGCAGCUCUGGAAAAUGGCGCUAAACCAAAUAUGUUUUCGUUAGCGCAAACAAGAAUUGAACAAUUAAUGGCAAAAGAUAGUUAUAGACGAUUUUUGAAAUCAAAAUUAUUUCUGGAUUUGUUAACAAAUGAUACCAGUACUCCUUCAAAUACGAAUAAAACGGUACAAAACGAAAAUGAACGUGAACGUCAAUCGAGGUUACCAGAAACUCUGAAAACGGUCAACUCUACUUGUACUGCAGGAAAUUCGAAAAAUUCUUGA